UGAAAUCGUCACCGAAAUUCAGAAAAUACAUUGCAAGAAAUGCGGAGACAAUGUUGAAAGAAAACGUUCUUGUGUUUUUUUCUUGCAUGAUGACUCUUAGCUCAGCAACUUGGACUGCCAUAGAUGUUAGCACUCUUUUAUCUUCAUCUUCGUUCACCAGCUAUGACAAGCGUAUUCGUCCACGGGUAACACAAACGGACGUUGUAGAUGUGUAUAUUAAGUUAGGACUGACAGCCAUAACUGGGUUAGAUGAGAUUGGUGGGACUCUUUAUUUAGUGGGUUAUCUUGAUGCGACAUGGAGAGAUGAUCUUAUUGCGUGGAACACCGGGAAUGUUGAUCAAACUAUACUAUCACACAACGAUAUAUGGACACCAGCCAUGACGUUAUACACGUCAGUCAGCUCCCUCUCUGAACUCGGCGCCUCUGACGAUCCCGUUACAAUCCUUAAAGAUGGAACCGUGAAUUGGAAACCAGGCCUGAUUAUAGAGAGUGGUUGUGCUAUUGACGUGAGCUACUAUCCAUUUGAUACACAAACAUGCUCCGUGACUUUCCUUCCUUGGCAGUACACCAGUGACCUUGUGCAUCUAAUGCCAAAUGCUACAACAGUUGAUACGUCGCUACUACAGGAAAGUUCAGAGUGGGAUUUGACAGAAACAACAGUGACAAAUACGUCAGGGGUUUUCACAGAAGUUACAUUUAAACUGACACUAAAGCGACGUCCUCAAUAUUUCAUCCUUAACAUGGUCCUUCCUAUAAUUCUCAUUGGCCUCCUGAACGGGUUUGUCUUUGUGAUGCCUUUUGACCAGGGAAGAAUCGGUUUUAUUAUUACAGGAUUCCUCUCCAUUGGAGUCUUUUUAACCGUUAUAGCUAACACUCUUCCAAAAUCGUCAAAUCCCAUGUCUCUGUUGGCCUACUUCAUCAUCUGGCAGCUCAUGCUUGGCGCGCUUUGCACGCUCGAGGCUAUUCUCACUUUAAAGAUCUACCAUCGCCAUGGUAAGAUGCCUCUUCCUUCUCCUCUGAAGAAAUUUCUGUCCAUCCUCUGGUGCUAUCCAUGCCGUGGUAAAAGCGUGGAAGAUGAGAAACCACCAAAAGGCUACACCUUCUACAGAAAACGCUACCAGCUUCAUUCCGUAUCGGUAUUCGUCAAGGAAUUCAAAAUGAAAAGAAAAGCAGAUGAUAAAGAUAACGCAGAACUAAAAGAGAAACCAGAACCGAAAGUUUCAUGGAAGACACUCGGGAGUACCCUAGACAUAUUCUUUUUCCUUGUAUUUAUCGUCCUCAACAUUGCUAUCUAUAUGAUGUUCCUGGUUCCUUUGGCUAAUGCGGCAUAAGAUGACAAUACCAAAAUGGCAUACAUGUUUUCAUAUUUUGGAAAUGAUAGAUGUUUUUAUAUAUAACUUUCGCAUUAUGAAUUUUAAAUGCUCAUCUUUGAUUUUGUGAUAUUCUCUUCAUAAAUAUUGUUAAGAAUGAAAUAAAAUCUGUCAUAGUCAA